AUCUCAUUACAACGACAAUUGAGAAGAAACCGGUAUCAUCGGAGGUUUUUUGUUCAUACCUUUGGUGAUAGUUUUCCGAUUCGUGCUCCGAGGGUAUAUAACGUGUAUAUAUAUAUGUAUACGCGAGAGUGAGAUAGGCAUUUUCGACAGGCGAUUAGCGGCGACCUUGAGAAAGCCAGCCGAGUGCGGUGGUGCCAGUGCUCCGUCCCUAUAUCCGUGCAGUGUGCGUGCGCGCUCGUGUAUCCACAUAAAAGCACACCAAAUCGGAGAAGAAACGAGGAAGCAAAGAGAGAGAGUAAAAAAAGGAGCCCUCUCGUAUGGAAAGAGAGAGAGAGAGAGAGAGAGAUAGAGAGGACACUUGGAGAUUUUGCGUCUACAGUCGAGAGAGCGAAGGAGGAACAAAAAGAGGAGAAGGAUCGUGUGUGUGUGUGCGCGCGAGUCGUUAACAUAUACGUGUACUUGUGGGGGAUAAAAGAAGAGCGAGGAGGAGGAAAAAAAAAAAAAAAAGAGGAGACGAAAAGGGAGAAAAAGGAGCCAGCUACUGGUUUUGGGGUUUCCGUGUGUGUAUACAGCCAUCAUCGGGCCACCGAUAUACAUAAUAUCUCUCUCUCUCGCGCAUACGGAUGCACGAUAAUCCGUGAGUGUGCCUCGUACGUGAGCGCAUAUUAUAUACGAGGAGGAGGAGGAGGAGGCAGUGCACACACGAAAGAGAGUAGGAGGACGCGCUAGAUCGAGAGCAGCUCUCGGGAGAAGAGUCGAGGAGGAGUUUAGAGAGCUCCGUUUUUCGCGGUGCGUCGAGUAUAAUAAAUAUAUACGUAUACGUGUAUAUCCCUGUGGUGUGUAUCGCGCGAGAGGGAGGAGGAGGAGGGCCCCCACGGUGUGUGCGUGUGAGUGUACAUAAUACGAUCUUGGUCGGGCGCCAAACCGGUUUCGAUUCGCCGAGUGCCCGCUGCAGCGGCGCAGCCUCUCCGGCAAAGGUCGCGCUCCGAGGGUGGGGGAGUACACGAUACACACACACUCCACCACCAUAGGUGCGAGGGAUCAUCAGGAUGCGGUGAACACGACUGGGUUCGCUUGCUCUUUUUUUAUUUUCAUUUGCCGGGUGUCGUUGCACCUCGGUAAGGAUGGACCGGGCCGAGCAGGAGCCUUCGGUGACCAGCAGCGGCAGGCGCUCCGAGAGCCACAAUUACACCUAAAGAGCAAAAGUGUAUAAAUAUAAACGGUGGGGCGCAAUCGAUGAGCCGUAGGUGUCGUGGCCCAUCAGCGGACAGCCGGCGUUAUGAAGCGCGGCACAGCUGCCCAGCCAGUUAGCUACCGGCUGCAGCAGACCCUGCGCAUAAGCGAAGCCGGCAAGCAGGAGCAGUACAACAGCCAGCUCCAGGACGGGGAUGAGCCGAGCGUUACAACGAGUGGGGUGUCCAAGACGAUGGUCAAGUCGCCGGGGAUGUCGCGCUUGUUAGCCGUUGACUCGGAGAACUACAUGCUGCGGCAGGCCAGCGCCGAGUCCGCGGAGCAACUGGCCGACCCGGCGUCCCGGGACGCCCGGCUCCACGGGGUGGCCAUAGUACAGUUGGGGCACAACGGGCUGCGCCACCUGAGCACCGCCGACGCGAUCAUCAGCUCGUCCAAGCAGCUGACCGACAAGCUGCAACAACGACAACAGAGGCCCGACAACAACAGGGUGGUGGUCGAGUGCACCGGGGGCAGUAGGAGGAGCUGCGCCAGGUUAGCGUCCUUUCAUCGGCUGCUCUGCUGGUGCGACGACUUUGAAGGGCCCCUCAACAACAACAACAACAACAAAAACAACAACAAUUGUAGUCCCAACGGUUGUACGGGGAAGAGCAACAACGGGUACCGCGUCGAUCGGGGCGAGGACGUUGUCGACGGUAGGCGCGACGAGGGGGACAACGGUACGAGUGUUAGGAGCGGUAGUUGUAACGUUGGCAACGGUGCCGAUCGCGGUAUUGACAGUAGUAGUAGUAGCUGUGGCGGUAGUAACAAUAGUGGUACGGUGUCGUUGGAUGAUGAGGAGGAGGUACGGUGUUGCUGUAUGUGUGGUUCCGUUUGUCCCGCAGAGUGUCACGCGUGCUUCCACAACCUUUGCGCGGAGAGGGCCGAGCAGCGUCCCUGCCGAUGGAGCAGCAAGGGACACGCUCUACUCGGACAGACCUACGACACUGAAAAGCCCGUCAGCGAGUGGACGUCGUUGAAUGUCGUCGAGUGGAUGGCGGCUCUAAACCUCUACCGCUAUGCCGACGUCUUCAAGUCGAAGGACAUCAAGGGCAGCGAUCUCCUCAACUUGGAUCGCGAGAAGCUGAUGAACAUGGGUAUAAAGGAUGAGUUCCACCAGAAGAACAUCCUCGCGUGCAUCGAGGAGCUGUGCCAGCCGUCGUUGUCGCCGUCGCCGCCCAGUAGCGAGCUUACGGUCACAUCGACGGCCACGAGCACCGGGUCCGCGGAUCAACAGCCAAACCAGUUGGACCCGACGUCCCAGCAACAGCACAACCUCGUGCCCCACAGCUUCAGCGUGUUGGAGAAGUGCGACAAGUGCCAUAAGUACCUCAGGGGCCUCCUGCACCAGGGCUACAUCUGCCAAGAUUGCGGCCUGAUCGCUCACAAAACUUGCUCGGCCACGGGUCUGUCCAUGCCAUGCAAGCCCUCGGAUUCGAACCGAGUCAACAAAUAUACUUCCGUUUUCGGUUUGGCACUGUGCUCGCAAUUCGACGCAACGACGCGCAGCGCCCCGCCGAUCGUAGAAAAGUGCACCCGGGCCCUAGAGGAGCGCCUCAACACGGACAACUUGCUCGACCUUUACUCGAUCUACCACAGCAGUGCACCCACCGAGCAGACGCAAGAGCUCAGGCAGAGGCUCAACGAAGAUGUGCGGAACACCGAUCUGAACCCGUACACACCGCAGUGCAUAGCGAGCGUGCUGAAAAAAUUCCUGAUGGAGCUGCCGGAUCCAGUGAUACCCGUGCAGUGGUACGACAGAUUUCUCGAUGCCUUGUCAGGUACGAGUGACGAGCAAUGCGCGAAACGGCUCGCCCAGAUGGUGGAUGAGUUGCCGUUACAUCACCGGAGCACUCUACGCCACCUGAUGGCCCAUUUUUGCCGCAUCUGCAAGGUACAGCACUCGCGAGGCUUCGUGGAUCCGCCGAUCGUACUCAUCCAGGUCCUCUGCCAUCUGUUCCUGCGACCGCCCUGGGAACAAAUAAUACAAAUCGUGCACAACAUCGAGGCUCACAUACGCAUAAUCGAACUCCUGCUGUUGCACUGCGACUGGGGUGAGCGUUUGCCCGAAUUCGCUAGUGCUCCCCAGCUACCGCCGCGCAAGGUGUCCAGGCACAUACCACUCAUGGACGCCGAGCUCAUCACCACCUUCGAGGAAACGGAACGCGAACGUCAAAGCAAAGAGCAGCAAUACCAAAUGCAGCAAAUAACGAGGCCGCGCACGCUCGCGGAGGCCGAGUGGUACUGGGGCGACAUAACGCGCGACGAGGUGAACGAGAAGAUGAUCGACAUGCCGGACGGUGCUUUCCUGGUUCGCAACGCCUCUUCCAAAGGCGGCGAGUACACGCUGACCCUUAGGAAAGGCGGUGCCAACAAACUCAUCAAAAUCUGCCACAGGAAUGGCAAGUACGGCUUCUCCGAGCCAUACAACUUUAACUCGGUCAUCGACUUGGUCGAACACUACCGCAACUGCUCGCUCGCGCAGUACAACUCCACGCUGAAUAUCAAACUGCUUAUUCCCAUCUCGCGGAACCAGCAACAGGACGACGAAAUCGGAAGUACAGCUGAUAUCACGAAGGUCAUUCAAAAGUUUAUCGAUCUCGACAAGGAGCUGACAGCAUUAUUAAACAAGUAUUAUCAAACUUUGGAUUCCUACAAACGCACAUCCAACGAGGUGAAGAUGAAACAGCAAGCUCUGAAAACCUUCGACGAGAUGCUGAGGAUGUUUGAAGAACAGUCCAAGCUGCAAGAGAGAUGCUGUUCCGAGGCGCAGCCGCACGAAAUCUCAAGUGUCUCGGUCAACGCGGAGUUACUGGAGCACAAGCUAAAAGCGGUUAAGGAGAGCAAGUUACAGCUAGACCAUCACAUGCAGGCCGAGGUAGCUGUGAACAGAGGCCUCGAGCUCGAUCUCAGCAAAAUACGCGUCGAGCUCUUCCACCUGAUCCGUUCAAGAGAUAAGCACCAGGCUUGGCUGAUAAAGCAUGGCAUGACUCAAACAAAGAUAAACCAGCUGAGCCAUCAGUACAACCCGAAGCUGGACGCCGAAAUCGAUCUCGACGUGCAUAAAGACGAAAAGACCUGGUUGUUCCUCACAGGAUCGCGUUCCGAUGCUGACAAGGCACUCCACAAUAAACCCGAUGGCACCUUUUUGAUUCGAAGAUCGAGAAUCGGACAAUACGCCUUGUCAAUCAUGUGCAAUGGUAUGGUAAACCAUUGUAUAAUUUACGAAACGGAGCGGGGCUAUGGUUUCGCGGAGCCGUACAACAUCCACGAGUCGCUACUUCAUCUCGUGCUCCAUUACGCUCAGAACUCACUCGAAGAGCACAACGAGUGUCUGACGACGACUCUCGCGUUUCCGGCCUUUGCCUCGCCCGAAGUCUUUUCCAAGCUUCAAGCUCAGCGUCAGCUCCAGAUUCAGCAGUCCAGCCUCCCAGCAUCGCAGUUUUUGCAGAACCAGUUUCCACCAGCCCAGCAGCUUUUUGUCGCGACAUCAGUCCAACAGACGUAAAAGCCUUGAAGAUUGGAAGCGACUUUUUCGCUUGAAUUUUGUCUUUAUUUUUUUUUCGCACCGUUUCCUGAGCGCGACUUUAGAGCGUCAGGUGGUGAUCUUUACUCUUGAACGGUGAAACAAAACGGUGAUGACGAUGGUUUUCCUCGUUCGGUUUGCAAAAUUGUCAGCUUGGACACGCUAGCCUUUUUACGAUUGAAACUUUUUUUACUGUGAUGGUUGAACGUAAUUGAGGGAUGAUUCGGACCGUAACGUAUGACUGCAAUGAAAGGGGUCGAAUCUAUUUUCGACUUGUUACAGCUGGUGGUAUUGCAAAUGAACGGAGGGAACCGUCUGCGUGCGAGCUUUAACUUUUACUUUAUUUUAUUUAUUUUAUUUUUUUUUCGGUUCGUUCGGUCGUUGAAGCGAGCGUAACUCAUUAAGAACAACGCGCAAGUCGUCAUCGACUUUUUUUACAUACAAAACACGUAGAAUUUCUAAAUGUCCAUGCUUGCGUAAAUGUACAUUAUACAACCCUUUCGUUCGUUUAUUUAUAUACGUUGGUCGACGCUGGUCGAUGCAAAAGAAAAAAAAAGUAAAUAACGUCGGUCAAGGUGAUAUUAACGUUUAACAAAAAUAUACACAAGGAGGACGUGAAUCCUAACGAUAAUAAUAAUAAUAUUAAUGAUUAAUAUUAAUAAUUUUAAUAUAAUAAUAAUGAUGAUGAAUUGUACGCAAGUACGAAAAUAUACAUAGAUUUAUAUGAGAAUUAAAAAGUUAAUAAAUGAAUAAAAUGCGCGUCGGGUACGCGUGAGAGGCUACCGUGAAACGGUACACGAGUGCGCGGUAAAUGAAACUUGAUCAGAAGAACGAAAGAAAAAGAAAUUGAAGAAAUGAAAGUCGGCCCGUCGCUGCAGAUGGACAUAAUUAUUCUCUUCGCUUUUCCAUCCUCGGAUCAGUCGAGGAUGUGAGACGGACUUUUUCCAUGAGAUACAACGAAUAAAUACAGUCGAGUGAUGGAAAAAGAGAUGAUGGUUAUCACACGAAAGCAAAGUCGAAGAAGAGUCACACGAGUGAAAGGAGAAUUUUUUAUACAUAGAUUGUAAGUGCUUCCGUGCCAGGGUACGAAGAAGAUUAUUAAAAUAGAUAUAUGCAGAGAUAAUGAUGACGGUGAUCAUGGCGAUGAUUGAUGAUUAUGAUGAUGACAAUGAGGAUGAUGAAGAAAAUGAUGAUAGUGAUCACGAAGAUGAAGACGAGAAAGAUUUUUUAGUAAUAAUUGUCUGUGAUUUAACAAAUAUCCGCUGUGCGAUAAAUGAAAAAAAAAAAAAAUUUUAAAGAAGAACGACACAAAGAUCAUCGUUCCUUCGUUGGUGAGCAAGAAGCUUUAGGGACAUAAAGAGUUUUAUGCAUUUAAGAUGUUAAGAUGAAGUGAAAGGUGAUUAAAAGGAAAACAAUGGGAUGUAAAGGAGAUGAUGUAAUACCGAUGAAACAAAAUUAUUGUGAUCGGAGGGCGGAGAUUGAGAGAAGAGGAAAGGAAAAAAAACAAAAAAAAAAAAACAAAGAACGUAGUAUGUGAUGUUAGACCGGGCGGGUAGCAGGUCUGUCCUCGGUUCACAUGUCGAACGGGAUCUCCAAAGCCACUCCACAAAAUGAAGAUAAAUGAGAAAGAUAAACAAUUAAUAAUAGUAAUAAAAUAAUAAUAAUAAUAAUCAAUACACUAACAGAAAAAAAGUAAAAAAAUAAAAAAGACAGUAGUAUGAAUAUAUUCAAUCAAGAUAAAUAGAGAACGCUUAAGAGCCUGAAAGAGAGUUUUUGUUUUUCAUUUUUUACGUGUACGAAUGGUAGUAAGCAUGAUUGUCUAUGUGUGUAAGAUAACAAAAGAACAUUUUAAGAAAUAUAAAUAUAAAUAUAU